UAAAUAGAAGAGAAUGAAAUCAUCAAAUCCAAACCAACACAUAAAAUAUCUCUUAACGUUUCUCAACUUUCAAGAUCUGAUCUUUCCUCAUUUGAAGCAAUGGAAGCUACUUCUGCUUCUUCUUUGUGUUCAUCCCCUUUUCUUCCUCCACUACCAUUUUCUUCUUCUGCAGGUAACCGGAGAUUGGGUUUCCGGCAACAGAAGGGACCGGUUUCCGCCAUGAGAAGGGGUGAAUGCGACUGGGGUUACGGCGGACGGCUUGUGGAUGAGAGUAUGAUAGUGUUGAGAAGAAGGAUUCAUGAGACAAAGAUGGUGGAGAGGAAUUAUGAACCACCGGAGGAUUGGAUGGAGUGGGAGAAGAAGUACUAUACGAGCUAUGAUGCAAGUAUUUGUAGAGCAGUUGGGGUUUUGCAAUCUCAAUUGAUGAAUACAAGACCCAGUUUGGCUAUUGGGAUGUUGGCACUGGUUGGAUUGAGUGUACCCACAUCUACUUUCUUGAUUAUUUUACAGUUGAUGAAUGUAGCUAAUGGGAUCUUGUCUGGGGUUCAUCUCAUCCAUUAACUGUGAUUUUUAGCAAAUUAUAUACAUCGAUCUUUGAUGAUCUUCUUCUUGUAUACAUGUAAUUAUAGCAAUUAUAUAAUGAAGAUUUCUUAAUUCUUCUA